AUGGAUUUGAGAAACGACAGUUCGACAAGUUCAUCGACAGCAAAUGGAGACGUCUCCUCAACAGAGACGUUUAUAGACGAACUGCCAAUGCGGGUUCGUCUCUUUGCAUUCAUUUUCUAUUUGGCGCUCCUGGUGGUCGCUGUAAUUGUGGACACCGCUAUCUUAUUCGUAUUCUAUCGAGUAAAAGAAUUGCGAAAUGUUACCAACAACUUGCUAUGCAACAUGAUUGUGGCAGACUUACUAUUUGCGUUGCAAACCCCGCUGGAGGCGCUUGCCUUCAAGAAUGAUUUCUGGGACGCUGGAGACGGCUGGUGUAAAACUCACAGAUUUCUCCUUCAUACAUUUUAUAACGUGGUGAUCAUAAGCCUGACAAUUGUCAGUAUUGAAAGAUACUACGCAAUAUGUAAGCCCAUACGGUUCAAAAAAUGUCUCGAUUUCAACGUCUGCAAUCGGAAGCUUAUACUCGGUGUUUGGGUUGCGGCAUGCCUCUUAGCUCUGCCGCAGGUCUAUAUUAGCUCAACCGAAUGGUCUUACCGACGAACGGUAUGCAUGGAGAGACGGCCAGAAGAUUACUUGGUAGUUUUUCUAGCGUACCAUGUACCAUUGUUUAUUUUCUUGUAUUUGAUACCUGUCGCGAUAAUGAUUUUCACGUAUGGACAAGUUUCAAAGAAGCUAUACGAUAUGGUGGAGAGAUUUCGUCAAAGAUCCCGUUUCGACAUUUGCAGUGCUGUCAAGAUGAGACGAAGCAUCAUUCGCAUGCUUCUUGUCGUGGUCAUUGUUUUCGUCGUUUGUUUAACACCUCUAACAUUUGCUGAACUAUUACACGUGACUCCAGUGAUGAAGCUUUAUGACCCAUUUGGCAUUUUCUCUUUUUGCGUGGGUAUGUUAGCAUUUUCUCAUUCUCUGUUAAAUCCUAUAGUCUCGUCAUUCAUGAGCAAGGAAUUCAGGAAGGCUGCAAGACAAGCUUUUAGAUUUACGAAAGGACUAAGACUCGAUAUCUGUAUCAACCAUAAAGAGAAAGACAAUAAAUGCCAGCUAAAUGUAAUGAAGCAGAACGUCGAGGCUUAUGGAGUAGGCGGCGGAAAAACCUUCAGGUUGGACGAGAAAAACAACGAACCAGACAUAUCUCUAAGGAGAGACGGUUUUUCAAACAACGGAUUUGACUUUAGGCUCCACGACGAUAGUUUUGUCACAGAAACCACUGAGAUACCGCCGAAGGAAGCUGAAUAA